UCCAUUCCAACAUGGAGGCAAUGUGCUAAACAGUUUGAAAAUGCAGGCCGUGUCAUGCUUUGAAAAAAAUCAUUUUAUACUUGAAUUUGGUGGAAAAUGUCGGACCCUAAACGUGCUACUCUUAUAACAGUGGGUGCUCCAAAAAGUGCAAAGAAUAAUGUGAAUAAAACAGUGAGAUUAACUGUAAAUUUAGACGAAAGCAACGAAAGUAAAUAUCCAGAGCUGAAUUACAAGGCACUGCUCAUAACAACAGCGAGAAAGAAGAAAGUAGAAAACGGUAAAACAACGGGGCUGGAACCUUUUUCUGACAAUGACGAUGAUGUAGAGAGAGUUGCCAGAAAAUUUGAACAGAAAUAUGGUGGCAACAGUACAUAUGGAAGAAAAGGCAGAUCUAAAUACGAUGAGUUUGCAGACAUUGGUGCAGGUUAUGAUGAAAAUGACUCCUUCAUUGACAACACACAUGGCUACGAUGAGAUGAUACCUCCUGAAUGUGAUACAGUGCACGGUGGUUUCUACAUAAACUGUGGCUCACUGGAGUUCAAGUCUGUGCCAGAGAACCAAUCAACUGUGUCCGACGGUGAUCCAAAUAGACGGAAUAAGAGACGCAUCUCAUCGAGCAGCAGUGAAGACGAGUCAUCGGAGAGCUCCUCAGAGUCCGACAGUCAAGAGGCAAAGGACCCCAAGGUCAUCACCAACGGUGCCCACGACUCGCACAACACUGAACACAGGAAGAAGAAGAACAAAACUGACAAGAAGAAAGCGAAGAAAGUGAGAAGGACCGAUUCCUCUGCUGCAACUUCCGGAAAGCAGACUUCUGAUGAUAACGUUCACGCGGAUGCCGAGAGCGCAGACUCCAGAACGUCCCAGUCGGAUUCUUUGACUUCCAAACCAGCGCCGAGCUCGGAGAACGCUAUCACUUCGGACAGCUCCAGAGACAUAGAAGCGAAGGUGGAAGUGAAGCUGCCGCAGCCGGUGCAGGAGCUGCUGGAGGAGCUGGACAAGUUGGUGCAGGGCGGAGACACCCCGCCGCCCGACCGCAGCAAGACUGACCAGGUUAUCCUUCGGUUGGACGCGGCGCUGUCCGCGGUGGGCGUGAACGCAGCGAUGCGGCGCGCGGCGUGGCACCGCGCCGCCAAGGCGAUGCACGAGUCCAGGGUGAAGCUGCUGCAGCGCGUCAAGCACUUGAAGAGCGAGCCCGCGCACGACGCUGACGCCGCAUCAGCGCAAACAGCAGUAGACAGCGCCCACGUGGUCGCAUCAGUGAGCAACAGCGCCACCAGCAACAGUAACACCACCACUCCGGCCAGCAAACGCAAGGCGGACACCAACACUGACAACAAUGACAUCGCUCCAAUGAAUGAUGUUGAGAAGGAAGCGUGCAUCGUUGACACUUUAGAACGGCUCAAAGUGUUGAUAGAGGAACGCAAGCCGGGCAUGGUGGCAGCGUAUAAUGCUGAAUGUGAAAGAGUACAAGAAAAGAGAAAAAAACUCCAAAUAGCCUCAGCGACGGAAGGAGCGCCUCACACAGACAAGCGGCUGCCCAAGCGGCGCUUCCCGUGGUGUCCGCGCGCCCGGGCGCUGCUGGCCAGGCUGACGGCGCUGGCCGGGGACCCGGAGUCUGCUGCCCAGCUCCUGGCCACCAGGGCCUUGAAACUGUUCCCCAGUGGCUUCGUCAGGAUGCCCACGCUGUUGAGACAGGCAGACCUUAGCAAAGAAAUCAAGGCGUCAGACAUAAAACGUCCGCGCUUGGGAUCUGCAUCUCAGUCUGUCAUCACAAGUGCACAGCAGUUCACGGAACCCAUACAGUUUCCCAGCUCUUUAACUGUCACCACAUCUCUAAAAACCAAUGACGAUGAUAAGGAGAAAUAUAUCAACCCUGCCUCUGUAUUUGGAUCAGUAUUAAACUCGUACAACCUCAGUCAAGACCUCGUUAUCGAGAAAGAGGAUAAGAAAGAUCCGGAACGGUGUAAAGAGGAUAUGUACAUUCCUCCAAAUAUUGGCAGCAUAACAAUAACUCCUGUUCCAAACCAAAAAGACAAAAAAGCAAACAACGUAGACCGACCUAAAGAAGCAUUGCUGCGAGUCAAAUCGCCAGCUGCUUUGAACGAAAUGGUGUCAAUAAACAAAACUAAAGAGAAAGAAAAAUAUAAAAAGACGGACAAAGAAAAAGAACCCAAAAGAAUAGACACACCAUUGCAUGUAGAUACAGUGAAUCACAGUAAAAAGGAGCCAGAAAAGAGUCCAAAGACAAAGGAAGAGUUCAGUAAGAAACAGAUAGAAAGCAUGAGGAUAGCUGAAAAUAAUAUACCAAGACCCGGUCUUGUGUCUAAACAUCAUUCACCGACAUUUGCAAAACCGGAUAAAAGACCACCAGAAGUCAAAAAAAAGAAAGACAUAGUCAUUGUCUCUGAUCUUGAUCCUUUAAGUGAUAUCCCAAUGGAACCGGUUGCUAUUGACGAUAGCAGCAGUGAUGUUGAAGUGGUCGAGGAGAAGGCUGCGGACAAAAGUGAAAGUGAUAAAAGUGAAGUGCCUUUCAAGGAGCGAAGUGACAAAAGUGACAAUCAUAAGAAAGUGAAGAACAAUGUUAGGAGUGAGAAAAAUGUUAGUGUUAAGGAAUUUAGGAAGAAGACUGAUGAGCCCACUGAGGAGGACAUUGAUUCCUUGAUGAGGGAUAUCAGUGAAAUGAAGCAUUCACAAGAAUCCGCUGCGCUCAACUGCAAUUCCUAUGGAGGUGUUAUUACCAGUGCAAAGCACGAGUCUUCCAAACACACAUACAAACGGCCCGCCACUAUCGGCGACCCGCGUACUGAUAAAAACAACUUCACAGACAGAACUUCAUUAAAGAAAAUGGAUGGAUACAGCACAGUCACGGGCUGAUGUGCGGAUGCCAGAACUGUUGUACGAUGAAGAAAAUCAUGAAAUGAUUAUAUUUGUUAGAUUGAGAUGAUAUUGAUAGUCUAUUUAUUGAAGAUGGCCGCUUAUUACUAUAAGAUCUAUAAUAAUUGAUUGAUGUAAAGAUAUUUGAAUAGAUGCAGGCGUCACUUUGAAAGUUGAUUCACAUAACAAUGAAGUUAUUUUGCGAUUUUCCGCAAAAUGCUAAAUGUUUGUUAUACAAAGUAAAAUUAAAGAUAUUCGCUGACUUUUAAAUUGAAUUUUCAAAUCAGAAAAAUGUCACUUCAUAGAUGUUCUAUUUUUGGAAGACGAUGUGACUUUGAGUGUAGUAGUUUAGUUUGCAUAUAUACGCCAUUAUACAGGGUGUUGCGGAGUUUCACAUAACUUCAAGGUGUUGACAAGUCCACUUAUAGGAGCCGAAUUGCAUAAAUGUUUUUAAUUUUACUAAAAAAACUUAUGUUUUCAUACAAAGUAAUUCAAAUAAUUCCCAUUAUCCAUGUAACACACACUUUUAUUUAUCCUUGCAUUUUAAAAUACAUAAUCGCAGUGGUAAGACUGUCGAUAUCGACGAGAUAUUGUUUCUGACACUUCACACUUCACUUGUAAGCUACUUCAUGAUAUUUUUCAAUGAAUAAUUUUGGCUAUGUCAUUAUAUAAGGAUGCGAUAUAAGAGAAAGAAGUGGUAGAAUAUUUACAAAUAGUCAUCUGACGUAUCAAAAGUGCUUCUACUUGAAAUAAAUGAAUUUUGAAUUGAAUUUUAAAAUCUAUUUACAAAAGAAAUAUGUUUUACACCGAAAAUAUUCAUUUUAGUACGUGGAUGUUCUUUGGACGUUUUUAAUUAAUUUUCCCUAGAGUUAUGGAAAAUACUCCCGAGCACCCUGUAUAUACAAACUAAAUACCGUCAGCACAGAAACGCGUUGUUACUGUAACUAUACAAAAUGUGUUAAAUCGGAACCGUCUACGAAAAUCCGUUGCUUAGCAACACUUAAAGACAUAAGUACUUCAGUUUCACGCAUACCUUGUACUGUAUAUACUACUACAACGGUAGAAACGUCUUCCGAAAAUAUAUUAUCUAUAAUUCUAUACCUAUCACCUAUACUCACGCCUUAUUGGGAAUGAAUGUUUUGAACUACGCAUUGCCUUCCAACUCAGAUCAAUUACCUUCUAGACCUGCCUCGCUAGAGGUUUACCCCUCUGUCAAAAAUAUAUGAUCAUUGAUCAUGAUCACACUUAUUCAUAUAAAUUGCAUCUAUUUAUGGGAUAUAUUUUAUUAGUGUUAAAUAUUUGUGUGAUGGGUCAAUGGAUAUGACCUCCUCCGAUUCCGGAGGGUGUUGGUUCGAAUCCUGUCUGGGGCAUACAGCUUCAACUUUUAAGUUGUGUGCAUUUUAAGAAAUUAAAUAUCACGUGUCUCUAACGGUAAAGGAAAACAUCGUGAGGAAACCUGCAUACCAGAGAAUUUUCUUAUUUCUGCGUGUGUGUAGUCUGCCAAUCCGCAUUGGGCCAGCGUUGUGGACUAUUGGCCUAACCCCUCUCAUUCUGAGAGGAGACUCGAGCUCAGCGGUGAGCCGAAAAUAGGUUGAUAAUUUUGAUUUUUUUGAUUUGAUGAAAUUAUGAUGAUGAUUUGUGUGAUGUACCUGGUCCCCAACACAACGACAGACAAUUUUGUUGGUGAAUUUGAAUAUACAUGUCAAAUAGAAAAUAAUUGGUCUGAGCCUUGCAACUACCUAGUUAAUUUGUUUUUCAGUCUAUAUAUUUUUUUUUAGAAAUCUCAUUUUUGAUUGUGUUUAUAUAUUUUUAAUAAUAAACAUAUUGUUUACAUAAAAAUAGAAAUAAAAUGAAUUUUAUGUGGAUAGAAAACAAAACCGCCAUUUUGCGUAAAACAAAUUAAACUAAUUUGCAUACAUAUUAUAAAUGUAUAUGUAUAUUUGUGACAAAUGUCAGGCCGUACUUUUUACUAUUGUAACCUUCUUCCCAAUUUGGUUUUAGUAUACUUUGAGGUUUUUUUUUAAACAUCACUGUAACUUGAAAUUAUUUUACUUCGUUUUAAAACUUAUGAACACAUUAUUUUACCAAACUUUAUUAUUAACAUGUAAAAAAGAAAAAUCCUCAAGUUAAUGUUUGACUGUGAUUUUUGUUUUUAAUUUUGCGGUGGCAAAGUUGGUAUUGAAUAUUUGAUAAAAGAUUUUAAACAUUUCUUUGAAAUUUCAUAAUGUUUGACAGCCCAUUAUUGGAUAAAAAAGCAAUAAUUCAUGUAUGCUGUGUUUUAUUUUAAAAAAGUAGACUUGAAAAUUAAUCUGUUCGAUUAAAAAAUGUUCAAAAUAAAUUAAAUUGCUAUAAUAUUGAAAUCAAUUGGUUCAUUUUUUGUUACUUUAGGUCGAACCUUAUAAAUAAAAUGAAUGCUUAAAUCAAGUAUAAGUUAACAAAAAACCGGAAUUUGUAUUUUAGAAAAGGCUUUUUAAAUUAUUUCAUGCGUGGAAAUUCUUCUUAUACAUUUUUUUGAUGAGAAGUAUAUCUAUUUUAAAAGAUGUUUUAUUAUCAUUCAAUCGUAAUAUAUGAAAAAUUUUCAUGAUUAUAAAUCUUUUAGUUGUAAGUCGUGAUGCGCAUAUUCAGUUGGUUUCAUGACCUGGCGUCAACAUGAUACUCAUGCCGAAAUGUGAAUCAGUAAGACUCAUGACAGCCCCAAUAGGUUACUUUUUUGACACUUUUUUAAAAUGGUUUUAAAUUGAUCAUUAUCGUUCUACUAGAUUGAAAAAAAAAUAUCAUAUUUUUUUGAGACGUGAUUACAUGAAAAUUUAAUUUUUUAAAUAUUUAUUUUAGAAUACGAGCCAAAACGCUGUCGGUCGUGUCUAUACUUCAACUGUUUCAUGACGUCACUUAAACUAAUCCUUUACCAAACGGAGCGUUUAACAAAAAUCUUAGUUAACAAUUAGACGUUUAGUACAUCAAGUAACAUUGUGACGUCAAAAAAAGGACGAUAGCGUUUUUGAAUUUUUUUUUUUAAUUAAAAAAAUACAUGAUUUUUGAAUUAAAUUUCAUUAGAAAUUCUUAACUUUUAUUAAUCGACAUCAUAUCGAUGUCGAUUCCAGACCCUUAUACCAUUUACUAUACGAAAUUUUUUUGUUUUUUUACCAUUAUGGCUUUUUGACUCGUAUUGUAAAAAAAAUAUUUAUGAAUUUAAAAUUCAUGUAAUUAAAAACAUAUGAUAUUUUUGUUAUAAUCUAGUAGAACGAUAAUGAACAAUUUAAAACCAUUUAAAAAAAAUGUCAACUAGCCUAUUGUAUAUAAAUAAAUGUUUAAUUAUGUCAUGAGUUCUACUGAUGACUGAAUUCGAUCUCAUGACAAUUGUAUAUCAGUUUCAUUAAAUCAUGAGUUCUUCUGAUGACUGAUUACAAUCUCAUGACAUUGUAUAUCAGUUUAAAGUUCUACUGAUGACUGAAUUCGAUCUCAUGAUAAUUAUACUCCAGUUUCAUUAUGUCAUGAGUUAUAUUGAUUGAUGAAUCAACUGAUCAUGUAAUUGUUUUAAAGCAAAGCCAAUAAGACAAUGUAAAGGUUAAAUUAUUAUUGUAGAGUUGAACCUUGAAGACUGAAAAUCAAAAAUUUUGAAUUGAGAAAUUAUGUUUUUUUUUACUGACUUCAAAAAAGGGGGAGGUUUUUCAAUUCGAAGGUAUAUAGCACCUUUAAAACAAUACUAUAUAAUAGUAUUGUAACUUCAGUCAUGUCUACAUUUUUAUUUUUUUACCAUAAAUAAGUUUAUUGUCAAGAGCGAAACAGUUUUAUAUUUAAAAAAAAAUGUUUUUUUUUUGUUGUCUCUUUGGCUUUACUUUAUUAAUGUGACCUAAUUAUGUAUUAUAUAAUAUCCUAUUGCGUUGAUUAAGUUUCGACAAAUGAGUAAAUUUUGAAAAUGUCUUCACAAAUUAUUGUUUUUUUUUUACAUUAAGGCCUGUAUAGAACACUAUUUUGUAUAAAACGUUAGCGUAUAGAAUAGAGUUUUACACGAUAUUAUUUCAUAAAUACUAGAUGUUGUUAUGCAAAACAGACCAAGUAUUUGACAAAUGCAUUAUUAUUAAAAAAAAAUGUGUUUUUUUAAUCAGAAAAUGCUGUUUUAUGUCUAGUCUAAAAUCACCUGAAAAUAUUAUGAUUUAUAAAAUGAUCAGAAUUUAAUUUUUUUUAUAGUAAAUAUAGUAUUAGGGUUUUUUUUAAUACUUACAUAAUUAUUGUGUAAAGUUAAGAUAAGGAUGUAAAAAUCUGUGUUUUGUAUUUUAUUAUAUUUUAAUGUUAGAUUUAUUAUUUCUCCGUCUGGAAAAAUCAAAAAAUCAAAAUCAAGUCUGUUUUUUUAAACAUCACAUGUGUCUUGUGUUUUAUUAUAUGUAUUUAUUUUGUUUUAACAGUAGUGAUUAUAAAGUAUUAUAAUGAUUGAAAUGAUAAUUAUAAUGAUUGAUAGAAAAUUACUAUUCUUAAGUCAGAAAUGAAAAUUUUUAAAUAUUUGGUUGUCCAGUAUUCAAAAAAACUAAACUUAGAACUGAUGUUAUAAUUUAACAACUUCUAUAUUUAUCUAUAUAGACUAUCUGUAACUGUAUUUUUUUGCACUGUAUAUUAUUUUUCUUCUUCAAAAAAAGGAUGUUUUUUUUUAUUCAUCUACGGAAAACCAAAAAUAUAAUGAAAAUUGAUGAAAAGGAAUAGAUCUGUUUUGCAUAACCGCGACCAAUGUAUAAAUAGAUUGAAUCUGCUCUACAAAAUAUAUAAUAUAUUAUUUUAAUUGUGUUACUAUCAUCGAUCUCCUAUUGAAAAGUGGAUCCAUAUUGUACAAUCAGCGACCAAAAAACGUCGCUGAAUCUUGGGGAAAACGGCAGUUAGACAAGAAGGUUAAUGUAACUUAGUUGCCUAUGAUUGUAUCCUUUUUAUUUUGUAAAUGCUGUGACAAUUUUUUUUUUUUGUUAAAAUGUUUCCUAAUGCCGAUUGCACGUGGCAGAACGUAAUUGUAUCUAACAUGUUUUAAAACAGACGGGAAGAGGUUUAGAAGUUUUUUAACUAAACCCCUGAUUUACUUGUAUAUACCUAUGUGAGAUCUUAUUGAAAUAUUUUUAUCUGAAUGGUUUGUGUAAUGAUUUUGUUUUAUAAAUGUCGCGUCGGACUGUAGGUACAUAGUCUAACUUUCGUAACUAGGGGUCCUUCCAUAAAUUACGACACAAAUUAAGGUAAAAGGAAUACAAUAGUGGCAAAAAAUCUUAACUUUAUCACAUUACAUAUCCAUUUUAACCAAUAAUGUUUUUUUUUCAUAUUUUUUUUUUUUUUAAAUGGAAGUAGGUACAUAAGCUAAGACUAAAUUCGAAACUGAUGUUGUAAUUCAACAAUUUCUAUAUUAUGUACCUAUAAAAGAUUCCUAUGAAUUGAUAACCUCUUUUUUGGAAGUUUGUUCAAAAUUACCAAUGUGACGUCACAGUGAAGCCUCACAAAAGCGACAGGGACGGGGGAGGGGUUCUAAAAUCAUAAUAUUUGUGUCACCCAAUUUAUAUCCCCUACAAUUAUGGUAUUUUUAUGAAAGAAAAUGUACAUUGCCACCCGUUUAGUAACAGUUGUAAAUUUUAUAUGAGCGGAAAUUUUUUUUUAUAUAUUCAGUUUGUAAUUAUGUAUGAUGUAAAAUGUUAUCCUGGAAUUUGAAAUGAUGUCCAAUGUAAUGAUGAAUAAAUAUUUAUAAUUAAUAGAGA